AUGAGCCGGGCACGGUGGCGCGCGGCCGGGGGCCGGGGUGGCGGCGCCGCUGGGGCGGGGGGCCCCCCCGAGGCGCUGCUGGCGCCCCUCAUGCAGAACGGCUGGGCCAAGGCCACGCUGCUGCAGGGCGGCCCCCACGACCUGGACUCGGGGCUGCUGCCCACGCCCGAGCAGACGCCGCUGCCCCAGAAGCGCCUGCCCACGCCGCACCCGCACCCGCACGCCCUGGGCCCGCGCGCCUGGGACCACGGCCACGCCCUGCUCUCCGCCUCCGCCUCGUCCUCGCUCCUGCUGCUGGCCCCCGCCCGGGCCCCCGAGCAGCCCCCCGCGCCGGCUGACCCGGCCCCUGACGCCCGCCUCUACGCCGCGCGGCCCGGCCGCGCCUCCCACGGCGACUUCCCGCUCACCCCCCACGCCACCCCGGACCGCCGGCGGGUGGUGUCAGCGCCCACGGGCCCCUUGGACCCAAGCUCGGCCGCCGACGGCCUCCCUCGGCCCUGGAGCCCACCCCCGACGGGCAGCCUCCGCAGGCCGGGCCCUCACGCCCCGCCGGCCGCAGCCCUGCGCCGCACGCACACGUUCAACAGCGGCGAGGGCAGGCCCGGGGACCGCCACCGCGGCUGCCACGCCCGGCCCAGCACGGACUUGGCCCACCUCCUCCCCUAUGGGGCGGCGGACAGGACUGCGCCCCCCGUGCCCUAGGCGGGCCCCCCACGCCUUGGCAGUGCCAGCCACGGGAACCAGGAGCGAGAGAGGCGCGAGGACGCCGGGCCCGGGCC